AUGUCAGGAGAAGAGAGAGAAUUGCUAGAUCGAAUCAGCGCGCUUGCUGGGCAAAUUAAUCGCCACAAGAAUCAGCAAGCAGGAUUCCAGCCAUCACAUGGAUCGCGUGGUUAUCGCCAGCAAAACCCCCGCUAUCGCGGUACCUCGUAUCGCGGGCGAGGGUUUCGGGUCGGCCGCCCGCCAGUGGUACAUCGCCACCGCACCCUGAACCUAAACGCCCAGCCAAGCUCAUCGGAUUCAUCACCGUCGACCCCCAUCAGCUCAACAGACAACGCGCAGUGGGUGUCCAAGACGGAUCGGCACAAACAGCUCAUCAACGCGAACAUCUACCAACAACAAGCGGAGUCACGCGCGCAAGCGAUCGAGGAAACGCGCCAGCGUAGACUAACACAGCAGAAGAGCAGCGAAAGAACACGCUUCAACAAUUUCUUGAGGCAUAACCACGACGGUACUACUCAAAAUACAGGGCAGGCCGAAAUAGUCAUCGCGAACAUCCGAUUUUUAGUGCGAGACGGAGGCAAGAAGCUCGUGCGUGCGGCCGAUAAUUCUAGCGAUGCUCCCCCGACGCCAAAAAGCACGGCUGUUGCAGGUGUUCGAUUCCACCGCACAAAGACAGGCAACCUAGUCGCCAACAGAGUCAUUAAAGAGCAGCGACGCUCCGGUGCCGUCAAGAAAGUUGACGAGCUAUGCAAGAUCUUCUCUACGACUGGAUCCUGCCGCAAGGGGCCCUCAUGCAGAUACCAGCACGACCCAACCAAGGUUGCUAUUUGCAAAGACUUUUUGAAGGAGGGUCGAUGCGUGUAUGGCGAAAAUUGCGAUCUCUCCCAUGAACUCACACCGGAGCGAGUUCCGAAUUGCUUGCACUUCGCCAAGGGCAACUGCUCCAACGCCAACUGCCAAUAUUCCCAUUCUGCCGCGCCACACAGUGCGCCGGUUUGCGAAGCCUUUGGUUACCGUGGCUACUGCGAAAAGGGAGCCGAGUGCACCGAACGGCACGUAUUCGAAUGCCCUGCUUUCAGCAACACAGGGACUUGUAAAACCAAAGGCUGUAAACUUCUCCAUCGUGAACGGGCAAGCGUCCUGCGCCACCGAGUGUGGCAAGAGCAAGACGAGACUAUGGAAGACGUUUCGAGCGACGAAGAGCCUGCGGACUCGGACGAUGUUGAUUCGGACGAUGUUGCAGAGUUUCUGGCGGCCGACGAGGACGACUCUGACUUUGAACACGCCAAGGAUUUCAUUCCGUUGUAG